UUAAGCAAAGUCCAAACCAACGAGACUUUGCAGAGCAAACCAGAACACAAGUUCUAUUUCGCUUUGCUUACCAUGUUAGUAGAAAACAACACAGAGAAAAAAAAAACCAUAAACACAAAUAACCACGGCCAAGAGUCUUCUGUAUCAAGUUUGAAUUUUCCAUUGGUAGAUUCGGAAGGUGUCUUCUUUGGAUUCAUAUUUAUUAGUUUCAUGGAAAAACCUUAUUCGACUAAUCGUAUAUUUAAGUGCCCCACUCCAGGCUAACUCGGAACAACCUUAUUCGCUAUGAACAACUCCAAUAUGCAUACCUAUUUUUUCUUCCUUGUGUUUGCUUUGAUUAUAUCACCUCUUUUUUCUGCAGCUUAUUCUGUUCUAAGAGGAGGUUCGUAUCUCUCUGUGGAGAAUCAGGGGGACGUUCUGAUUUCACCAAGGGGAGGUUUCUCUGCCGGCUUUUACCCCGUUGGCGAUAAUGCUUAUUGCUUUGCUAUAUGGUUCAGCAUACCAUCUUGCAGUAACAACUGCACUGCUGUUUGGAUGGCAAACCGUGAUUUCCCGGUUAAUGGAAAACGCUCAGAGCUCUUGCUGCUGAAAACCGGAAAUCUUGUCUUAACAGAUGCCGGUAAGACCACUGUUUGGUCAACAGAUGCUCUUCCAAACCCAGUAGAAUUACGCCUUCGUGAUACUGGUAAUCUUGUUCUGCAGAAUAUGGAGGGUGAUGUUCUAUGGCAAAGCUUUGGUUCGCCAACUGAUACCCUUCUUCCUUUGCAACCUCUCACAAAACAUACGCAGCUUGUCUCAUCAAGAAGCCACACUAAUUUUUCUAGCGGUUUCUACAGGCUAAUUUUCGAUGAUAAAAAUCUUCUUCGUCUUCUCUAUGAGGGUCCUGAUGAGGUUUCAAGUGUUUACUGGCCAUAUCCAUGGCUUAAAGACUGGGAAGGAGGGAGGUUCCCGUACAACAGUAGUAGAAUUGCUUCACUUGAUUCGUUGGGAAAAUUUACCUCAUCAGAUAAUUUUGCUUUCAUAUCAUCGGAUUAUGGAGUGAGCCUCCAGCGAAGACUAACACUAGAUUUUGAUGGUAAUGCUCGACUGUAUAGCCGAGAAGAGGGGAGCGCGACGUGGGUUGUUACAUGGCAAGCGAAAUCUCAAGUAUGUGAGAUACAUGGAAUUUGCGGUCCUAACAGUACAUGCAGCUACAAUCCACUUUCUGGUAGCAAAUGCUCUUGCCUUCCGGGAUAUAAGAUGAAGGAAAUUGGUGAUUGGUCUUAUGGUUGUGAACCGGAAUUCGACCUCUCGUGUAGCAACCAUGCGGAGAUCGAUUUCAUUCAACUCAGACAUGUUGAGUUUUAUGGCAAUGAUGGCAAUUUCUAUCCAAAUGUCAGCUUAGAGAUGUGCAAGAAAUUAUGUUUAGAAUCGUGUGAUUGUGAAGGAUUCCAGUACAGGUAUAUUGGGGACACUAUAGUCCCUUACUGUUACCCUAAGAUGUUAUUGUUAAAUGGGCAAUAUACACCAAGCUUCGGUGGAGACUUCUAUCUCAAAGUUCCUAAAACAAGCCUAUUAUCGGGUAAUCAGGUUGCAUCAGGAUCUGGAUUAAAUAUAUGCUCCUCCGAACAUUCUAAGACUUGGGCCUUGAACAGAGUUUACGCAAGAAGCCCUGAAAAUGGGACCUUGAAGUUCAUGCUUUUGUUCACCUAUGGGCUUGGGGGGGUUGAGAUUGUAGCCAUCCUUCUCGUCUGGUGUUUCUUGAACAAGUCGCAGAAGGAUUCCAAUGAAGCUACACAGAACUACCACCCUGCAGCAACUGGAUUUAAAAGAUUCACUUAUUCUGAGCUUAAAAAGGCAGCCCAAAACUUCAGCCUGGAAAUUGGAAGAGGAGCAGGAGGAAUCGUAUACAAAGGAACGCUUUCUGACAAUCGAAUUGCAGCAAUCAAGCGCCUCAAUGUAGCUAACCAAGGAGAAGCGGAAUUUUUAGCAGAAAUCAGCACCAUUGGAAAGCUUAAUCACAUGAACUUGAUAGAAAUAUGGGGCUAUUGUGCAGAAGGAAAGCACAGGCUUUUGGUGUACCAGUACAUGGAGCAUGGUUCCUUGUCGAAAAACCUCUCUGCAGACACCCUUGAUUGGCAAAAGCGGUUUGAGAUCGCACUAGGCACUGCAAGAGGACUUGCCUAUCUGCAUGAAGAGUGCUUAGAGUGGGUCUUGCACUGCGACGUAAAACCUCAAAAUAUACUCCUGGACUCAAACUACCAGCCAAAGGUAUCGGAUUUUGGCUUAUCCAAGCUACUAAGUAGAGGCGAUUUGAAUCACUCAAGCUUCUCAAAGAUAAGAGGAACUAGAGGGUACAUGGCUCCGGAGUGGCUUUUUAAUAUGCCCAUCACAUCCAAAGUAGAUGUUUACAGCUACGGGGUAGUGGUGUUGGAGAUGGUGACCGGGAAAAGUGCAGCAGCAGCAGGAAGUGAUGGCAUAGAAACAAAUGGAGCAAUAGAUGAGCACAAAAGUUUGGUGAAACUGGCGAGGGACGAGAUGAUCAUAGCUAAUAAUGGAGUAACAUCAUGGAUUAAAGAGAUCAUAGACCCUAAGUUGAAAGGUAACUAUGACCAAGCAAAGAUGGAAGCUUUGGUUUCAGUAGCCCUGCAAUGUGUGGAGGAAGACAAAGAUGCCAGACCUACCAUGAGCACCGUGGUUGAGAAGCUUCUACUUGUCUGAUUAUUAAUAUUAUAUCAUUAUAUUCAUAUUUUGUCCAUAAAAAUGGCGUCUAAAUAACAAGGAAACAGGAGGUUUUUCCAUACAACGUCAACAAAAAAGUGACAACUGGAAAUUUUAACCUUUUCCUUUGACCGUUUUGGGCGUGGGGCCUAGGGUUUUUUAAUAAUCGCUAUGAUAUAAAUUUUCCACUUCCGUCUAAGUAUUUUCUUUUCUUGGACCAAUUAUGAUUCAGUUUGUGUAGGUACCACGUAAUUAACCAGCAAGUUUAAGGAAUUAAUUAAUUCAAUCGACAAUUUUAAAACAGU